AGUGACGUCAUAGUCUUGUCAGGGGAGAGUAGUUUUGGAAAGGAGUAAUCCUUUGAAAGUCGGUGCAGGAAUAGAAUGUGUGUUGAGUAUGUUCUUUGACAUUGUGUCACGAAGGUAGCAAAUUGAGAACAUCUCGGAAUUCUUAAAACAUUUACAGUGCGUUUUCAAUACUCUAUAAUAUUGCAGUAGCUUUGAAAUUUAUUCGAGAUGCCGGCAAGUCUUAUAAAUGAUUUGGAAUCGAAUGUCGGCGGGAAUAUUUUAGAUGAUCCUAGAACAUUUGCAUUAGCUGUCGGACUUCAUUCGUUUCUUACAAUGAACGAUACUGAAUCAGGGUAUAGUUCUGCUGGUGGAGGAUACGAAAAUGAAAGUCGUAAUAAGAAAAGCCAAAAUACAACAGAGUGUGUACCGGUACCAAGUUCAGAACAUGUUGCUGAGAUAGUUGGAAGGCAAGGUUGCAAAAUCAAAGCAUUGAGAGCUAAAACCAACACAUACAUCAAAACACCUGUGAGAGGAGAAGAGCCAGUGUUCGUUGUUACAGGACGUAAAGAAGAUGUUAGUGCUGCUAAGAGAGAAAUUCUCUCUGCAGCUGAACAUUUCAGCCAAAUAAGAGCUCAGCGUAAAAAUAACAUGAAUGGUUCUCUUGCACCUGGUCCAAAUUCCAGUAUUCCAGGCCAAACUACCAUACAAGUGAGAGUACCUUAUAGAGUUGUAGGUCUUGUUGUUGGUCCCAAAGGUGCAACUAUUAAAAGAAUUCAACAGCAAACCAACACUUACAUUGUUACUCCUAGCCGUGAAAAAGAACCAGUUUUUGAAGUCACUGGCUUGCCAGAUAAUGUGGAAACAGCUCGGAAGGAGAUAGAAGCUCAUAUUGCUAUGCGAACUGGAGGAUUGCCCGAUUCUUCUGCUAGCAGUGGUGGUUCUGGUAAUAACUCCAAUUCUGAAGAUGAUGAUUUCCAUGUAAAUGGCAUUGAAAGAGGAUUUACGACACCAACCGUUGCAACAUCGAACUAUGUUAACUCCAUGUAUAAAUCUGAAUUUGGUAAUGGAAGCUCACCCAUCUCUCGUGACAGCAAUAGCAGUUUGACUCCACGUUCACAAGAUAUUUUCACUUUUCCACCCCAUCCAGAUGGAGAUUCUCCAAAAAUAACAGAUAUUUAUACCGGUUUUACUAAUGCUUUUUCAAACGGUUUUAGUCUCUAUGAUGACGAAGGUGUUGGGGGAUCUCCAACAUUUGAACAAGCCGUUUUUCCUAAUACAAGCAGUGUUUGGUCAGAUUUUGGUCCCGUCAGAAGUACUGUGUCUCCACUUUUUGAAAGCACUGUUACUUCUACAACUUCAUCAAAUGCUCCUCGUCGGAGUAAUAGUUUAGGAAGUUCUGACUCGGGAAUUUCCGACCCUCUGCUACUCGAUCAUCCACCUGCAAGACGAAUUCGAAGUGAUCCACUUGUAGACACUCUAGUAAAUUUUCCAUCUAUCACAGCAGCAACUACAGUAUCAACUAUUGCCAAUUGUUUUACUGUUACGACUUGCAGCGGAGCUUCUCCGAGUUCUGAUAUCAGUCCAACCGAUUCUUUGAAAAAGCCCAAAAGAGACUGCGCUGUUUGCUUUGAAAGCGAAGUGGUAGCUGCUUUAGUUCCUUGCGGACAUAAUAUGUUUUGCAUGGAAUGUGCCAAUCGUAUUUGUGAAAAAGCUGAACCUGAAUGCCCCAUUUGCCGGCAGCAUGCUCUUCAAGCCAUCCGUAUCUACUCGUAAGCUGUAUAGAUCCGAGAUAAUUGAUAUCCACGGUUUCUGACCAAUUGCAGCUUGGCUGAUUAUUUCAGUUAAUAGGAAGAAGAAAUUCAACAAAAGAACUUCAGGCUAGGCCUAAUAACUGCGUGAAGAAAACCAAUAAUAUGACAUUUAAUUCCAAACUUUAAUUUACCUUUCUGUCCUCGCCCACCGAUGUCUCCUUUGCUUGAAAAAGUGGCUGGAAAACCUUUUAAAAAGUUAAAUGAUAGAGUAACUGCUCAGUCUGUUUUGAUGAUGUGAAAUAGUAUUAAAAUAUAAAUAUUUUAUUCUUUCACCUGAAAUUUCUAUUUAGAUGUUGACAUGCUGGCACAUGGCCAGUUUAUUGGGGAAAAAACUGUACAGAAUUUAAUUAUAAUUUCGUUAUAUAACCGCACACUUUGUUCUGUCUCUAUAUAAAUAUAUGUUUAGUAUUGAAAUGUUUUUUUUUUUUAGAUAUUUCUAUGUAUACAUAAAUAUAAAAUAUAUAUUGAUUAGCAAUUACUAAUGUUUACUCUAAAUAACAUAUUCAAUUUGUGAUUUGUGUGAUAUGCUCUUAUUGUUCUUCAAUUAUAAAAAUAUUCCUAUUUUUAAUGUUUUAGUAUUUUAAAUGAAACCUGAAAACUUAAUUUUUAUGCACUUUGUUUUAUGUGGUAUUACUUCGAUUAGAAAUGACGUAUUAUGUCAUGUCUUUUAACUUUUGUAUCACAUUUGCUAUAGUUUAAUUAUGUUGUUUGUAGACUUUCUAUUUUUGUUAAUGUCUUCCAGUUGUUUAGCAUAAAGAGCUUGUCUUUCUAUUAUUUAUAUUAUGUUAUGAUUUAUUUAAAAAAAAUUAUUUGCUUUGUGAAUAUGAUCUCUUUGUGGUUUAAAUUAUGUGCUAGUAUAUAUAUAUCUUUCUGUAGGAAAUGUCUUAAUAUGUAUAACAUAAGGUGCUUUGAGGACAUGCUUGCGGUUAUGACCAAACCCACAAUGAAAUACCAAGCCUUUUAAAUUAAGGCCUCUAUAUUGCAAUGUAGUUAAACACAGUGAUAGAAGAAAAUAAUAUUUUUGUUACUUGUGGGCUUCUUAGUUAGUGUGGAUUCAAAGAAAUCCAUAUGUCUCGUGCGAAAGAAUCUAAAUGCUUGUACGUAAAUAAUUCUGAAAGCAAUUUAAAACUAAUACUUUUCUUGCUCAUUUGAAAUUGAUAUUUAAUGCAAAUAUUAACUUUAAUAAUAUUUAAUACCAAUAUUAACUUAAAAUUUUGUAGGUUUUUUUUCUUAUCUUCAUUUUUGUUCCAAAGUUUUUGAGUAUUUCAUUUUAAAACCAGCUUUCUAUUAUUUUAUAAAUAAAAAUAUACAUCUUUUCACUAUGUCUUUCAAUUUGUUAUGUAAUGACUAUGAUAAAUUUUUUAAUUGCCAUUUGCAAUUAUUUUAAAAUAGUUUUCAUUGUUAAAGAUUAAAGUAUAUUUUGAAUGAAAAAAUUUGACAACUAGGGCUAUAUUUUUUUAAAUUUUAACUAAAGAGAUUUUUUUAAUCAAUAUUAAAUAACAUAUAUAUGUUUCGAUUUUUAAAAAAUAUUAUAUGACAAAGAUAAAUAUUCAAGUGUAAAAAACAAAAUUGUUUACUUGUGUGGGGAUUUAAUUUUUGUCUGUGUCAACCUUCAUCUAUCAAAAGGUACCUGAAAAUAGAAUCGAGUUAACAUGUCUUAUAUACUAGCGAUUUGGUAUUUAAUAUUUGUUGUAGUUGUUAGUUAUGCCACACUUGUAGGACUUAAAAACUUAAGGAACUUAUAGGACUUAAACUGAAAAAAUGUCAUUUAAAUAGUAUAAGCUGGUUAUAAAAUCAAAUACCAAAAAUAUGAUUUUGUGUGAAAUGUAUUAAUUGAUAACUUUUAUAUAAUUAAGCUCAAUUUUUUGUUUUAUCUUUUAGUGAUUUUCUAGAGUAUUGUAGGUUAAAUUUUAAGUAAGAAGUGGCUUUAUUUAAUAGUUUUAGGUCAUCAGUGUGAUUGUUUUGGUCAUAGUCUUGUGAGCUGUAGCAGAAAGGGCAACAUUUUACUUAAUUCUUUCAUGUGUUGUAUAUUUAUCCUUUAGCUGUUGUGAACAUCCCAUUGUGAUUUACUGAUAUCCAUUAUGAGCAAUCAUUUUUGAAAUAUGGCAUAUUCUUCACGCUAUCGCUUGUGACUGUAAUUUGAGCUGGUUGCUGGCUGUUUUAUAUCAGAAAAAGUAUUGUAUUAGGACUGCGCUAGAUUAAUAUUUUGAAUUGGAGAGUGUUAAGAUAAUGCAUGAAUAAAAUGAUAUAGUUGUUAUUGCUUAAGAAUUGUUAUAGAUUAUAGAGGCAUUCAUGUUUACAUGAAUUUUGGAUUGAAGCAAAUACAUUGCUCACUUGAUUGUAGGCUUGUAACAGUCGAUUAAAAUUAACAAGUAAUCCGUGUGACCAAAUGUUGUAUGAAAAAAAUUUAGCUGUUGCUUAUAAUGUUUUUAACUUUGACAAGUUAAUGCAAAAUAAUAAUAUUUUCUAUUCAUAUUUAAAAGUAGGAAACUGGUUUUAAAAAAAAUAAAAAUUCAGUUUAAACAAGAACAUAGUGGAGUACUACUUUAAAUGCUCAAGUUAUUUCCAUUCAAGAUAUAUUAGUAAAUUAAAAAUUUAAUUUAAAUGAAAGUUGUGAAUGAAACGUUAUUUAUUGAAUUUGUAAAUAGGAAAAAUGAUAGUGGUUUCAGUAUUUAGAUAAAUUUUAAAUAUAUAUUGAGAGAUAUCACUUUUUUAUGUUUAAAUAUUUAUUUUAUUGUGGAA